ACGUAAGGUAUCCAAUACAAAACUGCGAUGGACGAAUAUGACGAGUACGAGCCUGUAGACCGGCUGGAGCUGCCGCCGGCGCCGCGUUCGCUGUGGGACUUUGUGAACGUAUUGACGCCCGUACUUAAGUACUACGUGGCGCUGUUGGUUUUGUUUCUGGGUGCGCGCUGGUUCAACCAGCAGCUGGACAACGAGGCGGCGGCGCAGGAGCGAGAAGCGCAGCAGCAGCGGCCCACAUUGUCUCCCGAGCUGACUGUAGAGAGCUCAGAGGAGGAGGAGGAGGAGGAAGAAGAUAGCGAGGAAGAAAUCGAAGAGCUUGUGACUGAUGGUGACCGUCUCGUGCCGGUGGGCUCCAAGAAACCUAAGAAGAAGAAGCCGAACCCGACGAAGGAGCUGUUCGACGGCCUGCGUAAAGUUGAGCAGGAGCUGCGUGACAAGAAAGACAAGGAGAACGCCGAAGACAACGUGAGCUGGAACGAGCUGCACGCCAGUAUGCUCAAGCGCUACAAGGACAAAUACCCGAACCAUGGCCCGCGGGUGGCCGACCCCGAGACAGACAAGUACGACGAGGAGUUCAACGAGCUGCUGCGCAAGAACAACAUCAACCCGGACGAUCUUAAGAGCCAGAGCGCCAAGAAGACCGAGUGAGUGUCGGUAGAAGCCAUGCAUGUUUAUUCAUGAAAGGUGAGGUGUCUAGAAUUUGACCCGCUUGGGGUGCGCUCUGCUACUUUUCUUGGGUUCUUUUUCCUGUUUGUCGCUGUCGUCUUCCCCGUCAAGACCGAGUUGGAACGAGUCGAGCGCGUCUCCUGUUUUAUCGCCCGUGUCGACGUAGUCCUCGUCACCGUCCGCGAACGUGGUCUUCUUGUUCUUCUUCUCGCCGCUACUGCCGUCUGCCGAGAUAUUGCCGACCGGGCAGUCACGCGCCAGGUGUUCGAUACUCUUGCAAACCUUACAGCAGCCGCCCUUGGGGUACACGCCCAUCUUGUUCUGUGGGCACUUGCUGCUGAGGUGGCCUUGCUGGCCGCAUACGAAGCACGUGGCAUAUGUGGUGCCGCCGUUCUCCAUGGGUUUGGGACAGUCGCGCAGUGCGUGGUCGUCGGCGCCGCAGUUGAAGCAGACAGCGGCCUGCUGCUGGUGCUGACCACCAAAGCCGCCCUUGCCAUUCUGCGGACAAUUGUGCGACGUGUGACCGCGGCGACGGCACUGGAAGCACGUCUUGUUCAAGUCACCGGCCGCGCGGUUCGGACAGUCCUGUUUGCGGUGCGACGUCUCGCCGCAAAGCCAGCAGCCGUCCUCGCCGCUGUUGCCGUUGCUCUGUGCCUCCUCGCGCUUGGCGCGGAUUUUGGCCACAAUCUCGGCCUUCUUCUCGCGGCGUGCCUGCUGCUUCUGCUGUUUAAACUGCUUGGCCUUGGCCUUCUUAGCCUUGCGCAGCUCGCGCCGCUUUUGCAGGAUCAGCUUGCGCUCCUCGGACAGUUCUUCCGCCAUGACAAUCAAUUGAGCUUUGGUUGGCUGCAGCAAAAAAAUAUUGAUCUCUCCGAAUUUGUACUUACUAUGAGAGAUCAUAAUUGCCAGUUUUUAGCAUUUUACCAAUUUUGAGAGAUCAUUUCCCGG